GAAUUAUGCUCAAGAGCUUAAUUAGAAAAAAACGAAGAAGUUGGAUUAGAGGAUGAAAGAAAAGCCAAAACCCUAAGAAAAAUGUCAGCUUGAAUUAAGCUCGACAAGCGCGCCCGGGGCUAAAGGUCUCAACUUUGUCACUCUGGUUAGCUGAAACGUCGAGUUCGAGAGUUUCAAUCUGUGCUUCCGGGCUUCCCAUUUCUUCGAUCCGAGAGAAACUGAGUGUGCCCCUGAAGUUCAUGGAUCAUAUCAGAAGAAAGCUAUGGAGGAUCGGGAUGGGAUUGUCUAGAAGAAAUUUACUCGGGGAAGCUGUGUGUUGUAGAGUUUCUUCAUUUAGUCACUCUCAUAUUUCCCAGGCUGGAUAUUCCACUGUAAGACAAAAUUUUAAUGCCGCAGGAGGUACUGUAAAUCGAAUAUUUGCUCCAUAUUGUGUGUAUAAGGGGAAAGCUGCACUCUCUCUGUCCCCGGUUCUCCCUACUUUCAGUAAAUUGGAGUCUGGUGCUGGUCUUAAGGUCGAUAGACAUGGUGUCAUGAUGUUGCGAUUUUGGCCUGCUAUUGGUGAACGCAAGUACGAUUGGGAAAAGCGACAGCUUUUUGCUUUGUCAGCCACUGAGAUUGGAUCCCUCAUAAGUUUGGGUCCAAAAGAUGCCUGUGAAUUCUUUCAUGAUCCUUCAAUGCUGUCCAGCAAUGCUGGUCAAGUGAGGAAGAGCUUGUCAAUUAAGCCUCAUGCCGAUGGGGGUGGCUACUUCAUUUCUCUGAGUGUUACCAACAAUAUUCUGAAAACGAAUGAACGAUUUACCGUACCUGUUACAGCUGCUGAAUUUGCCGUCAUGAAGACAGCGUGUAGUUUUGUUUUGCCUCACAUCAUGGGUUGGGACCGGUAUACCAAUAACCGGCGGAAUGGAGCAGAUGAAAGUCUCUCGAAGGUGGAUAAACCACUUCCGGAUCUGGAGUGGGAUAAAUGAAUGCUGAAAUGGUGGUUUCACCAUUGCUUGAAAUACUGUGCAACUUUUUGUAAAAAUCUGUGCCUACGGUUGCUUAGCUCCAUUUCUGGGUGUCCUACAAUGUGUCGUGAACAUGUAUCUCUCCCUGGUAUCUUUUGGAGAGCGUUCUAAUUAUCUGUAUUCGGUUGAAUUAUGACGGACCACUUAUGUUGCAAUCCGGUUGUCUGCCAUGAGCUUUCAUUUGUUCCUUUA